CGGUCGUUUAGCUCAUCUCCUCGAGCGCGAUCAAUUGCUCCUGAAUCGCCGAGAUUCAUCGAUAUCCCUCAACCUCCCCAGCGGGAUGUAGUGAAAAGGCCCAUAGUGAAGGGUGUCCUGCCCGUGCCCCGUCAGGUGUUUCGAAGCAACACUGGAAACAACAUGAUCGAUCCUAAGACGCUAUCACUCAGCACAAUGGAACCUUCGAAUCCCGAGCAGGAGUUGGACACCGAUACAACGACCCUAUCCAGAAGAUCGUACAAGGCAAGGGCAGCACAAACGAGAAGGCAAAAUCUACGACAGGGUGUAAUGGAUCUAUAUACUCGGCAAGAGACGCAAAGAACGCGUUCGGAGCGAAAACAGGCUGCCAUCUUCAAAGCACACAAUGCAGCUCGAGUUGCCCCCGAGCGUGACGACGAGCGAUUUACCCGGACCACGGUCCCCCAAGCCGUUUUGGACCUUCUAACGAAGCAGCCUACCUCCGGACGGAAAUCGGAUCCCGAAGCCAUGGAACGGAGUCGAAUGAAUUAUCAGCGUGACCUCCAGAAGAAAUCCGAGCGUCGGCGGGAAGCCCUUCAGUCUCUCUACGUCCAUGCCAGGAAUUUCAUCGUCAACGAAGCCCAGCUUGACGAAGCCAUUGAGAAGACGUUCGGCACCGAAGAGAAACCUAUCCGAUGGUCUACAGGAUCCUGGUCCAAGUUCGAGACUACAAGCAUCUGGGCGAUGGGCACGCCAGACACGACGAAUGAUAUGCUUGCGAGGUUGAACCGAGAGGGAGACAGCAAAACCACACAGAGGAUCAGGGACAGGCCAAUGGGUACCUCAUCGGAACGAUUGAAGAAGAUUGCCGAGGUUUUGACCGGAGGAAAG